GCCGGCGCGCCGCGGGGCCGCGUUUCCGGGUGCGGCGGGAGGAGGCCGGGGCGGCCGGAAAGCCAGCGCACACCCCUGCCCCUCCUGGCUGUGCCCAAGACAAGCUCUCAGUGCUUUGAUCUACCGGGUGUCUCGCUGCCCUGGUUCAGGUCUUUCAAACCACUUUCCCUGCGAGCACAGUGAGCUGCCACCACAGCAUAUGGAGCUCUCAAAGGCUCAGAUCUGGUGUAGUGAAAAGAUCCCUGGAAAGGAAGAACAAAGGGAAGAAAUGCAGCAAAGUCGGCUGUCGGAGCAGCGUUGUUUCCAAGGGCAUGGUUUCCAUAAGGCGUACACCAGACAGUAUGGGGUGGCAUGAGUGACCAGGCUUGUCCCCAGCACUGAGCCACUGGAGCCGCCGGGAACCGGGCCAGGAUGCCGAUCCCUCCUCCCCCGCCGCCGCCUCCCGGCCCGCCGCCACCUCCCACCCUCAGCCAGGCGAACACAGAACCACCCAAGCUGAGCCGAGAGGAGCAGCGGGGCCGUGGGGCCCUCCUGCAAGACAUCUGUAAAGGGACCAAGCUAAAGAAAGUGACACAAAUCAAUGACCGGAGCGCACCCAUCCUGGAGAAGCCCAAGGGCAGUGGCGGCAGCAGCUACGGCUCCAGCUCCGCUGCCAUCCAGCCGAAGGGUGGUCUCUUCCAAGGUGGAGUGCCCAAGCUCAGGCCUGUGGGAGCAAAGGACAGCUCAGACGGCUGCAGUAAGCAGACCCUGCAAGUCCCUGGCUCCAGAGCUGCCGCCCCCAGGCCCCCGGUGCCGGCCAGCAACAGCCGACCUCAGGAUGAUGCUGACAACAGCCGGGCUUCUCCGCCGGAGCUGCCGCGCACGCAGAGGCCGUCCCUGCCGGACCUGUCCCGGCCCAGCACCGCCGGUGCCACCGGCAUGAAGCACAGCUCGUCCGCCCCGCCGCCCCCCCCACCCGGCCGCCGCGCCGCCGCGCCUCCCGCCCCCCCUCCGGCACACGGCGCCAAAGUCUCUUCCUACAACCGGGAGAAGCCCCUGCCUCCCACCCCGGGACAGCGACUGCCCAUCAGCAGGGACGGGCCCCCUGCCCCACCACCCAUUAAGCCCCCUCCCUCCCCAGUCAGUAUCCGAACGGGAUCGGGGGCUCAGGGCCAGUCUCUUGCCCCCCCACCGCCCCCUUAUCGGCAACCCCCUGGUGUCCCCAACGGCCCUUCCAGCCCCAUCAACGAGUCAGCCCCGGAGCUCCCGCAGAGACACAACUCCUUGCACAGGAAGGCGCCGGGCCCGUUGCGGGGUCUGGCACCACCACCACCCGCUUCAGCCUCCCCGUCUCUCCAGAGCAGCCGUCCCCCUCCCCCAGCCCGAGACCCCCCCAGCCGCGGAGCAGCCCCGCCGCCCCCUCCGCCCAUGCUGCGAAACGGGGGGCGUGACGCCCCCCCACCCCCGCCCCCCUACAGACUGCACGGCUCCUCCGAGCCCUCCAGCCGAGGGAAGCCACCCCCACCUCCCACCAGGACACCGGCUGGGCCACCACCACCACCUCCACCAGUGCGGAACGGGCACCGGGACUCCAUCUCCACUGUCAGAGCAUUCCUGGAUGACUUUGAAUCCAAAUACUCCUUUCAUCCUGUUGAAGACUUCCCAGCCCCAGAGGAAUAUAAAUACUUCCAGAGAAUCUACCCCAGCAAAACAAACAGAGCUACGCGUGGGGCCCCCCCUCUGCCCCCCAUCCCCAGGUGAAAACAGGCUGCCCGAGCGAUGGUUCCUGAGCAGAGACGGACCUCCUUCCCCUUCCUCCGAUGGACCCUCCCCACUUCCCUGCCCCCAGGAUCCUGCAUGAGAAUCUCCCAGCGUCUUUGGUUUUCCCAGCUGUGCCAGGACAGGCAGACAUCCCCCUCCCUGCUCCCUCCACCAGCCCACCCUCAUCUAUGCAUCUCCCCCGGGACUCGCUGACCUUGCAGGCAAGCCCGGACGGGUCCUUUCCUCCUUGCUCGUCGCAGACCCCGGCUGGUGCCGGCACCACGUGUUUGGCUGCAGCCUGGGAGCUGGGCAUGGGGACUCGGGAUGGCCACCGAGCCGUGUGUGGCCAGAAGUUGGGACCAGAGGUGUCUCAGUGCCCAGUUCUCGGGGCUGGGGCAGAGCGAGGGCUUGGAGAGGAGCUGGGCAGGGGAUGGACACGCUGCAGGGUGACUGGCCGUGCUGGUGCUGAGCAGGGGGAGCCGGGAGGGCCAGCGGAGCCUCGUUAGCCCCGCGCAGCUGAUUGCUUUUUUGCACAGGAGCCAGUGGAGGAGCAGGGGAGCGAGUGGGACCAUCCGGGAGACCCCGAGGGUGCUGGGCAGGUGCUGGGGGCCGUGGGGGGACCCCCAAGACCCCCACAGCCAGCAGCUUUUCACAGCGCUGGGCCCGGCAGCCUUGGCUUUUAACACUAAAUCACCAAACUAGAGCAUUUUAACGGGAAGGCACUAAUUGUCCGCGGAGGAAGCCGGGGGUGCUGUGACUGGGGUGGGGGUGGGACCUGGGGACACGGCCCCGCCCCGGGGGGCCCCGCUGAUGUUUUGCCUUACACACUGCCCUGCCCGGCAGCCCCGGGCUGGUUUCUCUGUAUUUACUCACCGCACCAGGGGCUGGACGUUAACUGUAGUUACUGAUCGAUUUUGUACGUUGUAAAACGCUUGUAACUGUGGGAGGAAGGUGGGUGCUGUGGGGGGGCUCAGCUCCCCCUCCAACGGUUCUGGGGUUUGUUUGGGUUUUGUUUUUGUUUUUUUUUUUUUAAUUACAAAGAGGGAAACUCUCCCUGUUGAGGCUGGAGGCAGCGUGAGGGACAUUUUGGGGGGUUUCUCUGCAGGAUGAACCCCCCCUGGCGCUGCCAUUUGGUUUAAAUAAAGGUUAAAUAAAGGUUCUUCCCAAGCGCUGGCUGCCCCCCCUCCCAGGGAGCGAGGGGCUGUUUUAAGAGGGAACAGAAUCAAACCAAGGAGCUUGAAAUCACAUUUAAAUAAAAGUAAUAAAGUUA